AUGGCGACGGUACAGCAGGAGCUGCUGCCUAGUAAAGGGACUGAAUUGGAAAGCGUGGUACCAAGGAAGGUUUCUGAUGAUGACAAGCUUGUUGAGUAUGAUGCUUUGUUGCUUGAUCGAUUCCUUGACAUUCUUCGGGAUUUGCAUGGUGAAGAUAUCAGGCAAACGGUUCAAGAUUGUUAUGAGCUUUCAGCUGAGUAUGAAGGGAAGCAUAAGACUGAGAAGUUGGAGGAACUUGGGAAUAUGCUAACUGGUCUUGAUGCUGGGGAUUCUAUUGUCAUUGCCAAAUCAUUUUCCCACAUGCUUAAUUUGGCUAACUUGGCAGAAGAAGUCCAAAUUGCCUACCGAAGAAGGAUUAAACUAUUAAAGAAGGGCGAUUUUGCUGAUGAGAACUCUGCCAUCACUGAAUCUGACAUUGAAGAAACCUUCAAGAGGCUUGUGACUGAACUGAAGAAGUUCCCACAGGAAGUGUUUGAUGCUUUGAAGAACCAAACUGUAGAUUUGGUCCUAACUGCUCAUCCCACUCAGUCCAUUCGUCGAUCUCUGCUGCAAAAGCAUGGAAGGAUAAGGAACUGUCUGACACAGUUGUAUGCGAAAGACAUAACACCGGAUGAUAAGCAGGAACUUGAUGAGGCUCUCCAAAGAGAGAUUCAAGCUGCAUUUCGCACAGAUGAAAUUCGAAGUAGUCCUCCAACACCACAAGAUGAGAUGAGGGCAGGAAUGAGCUACUUUCAUGAGACAAUAUGGAAAGGUGUACCAAAGUUUUUGCGCCGUGUUGAUACAGCUCUGAAGAACACCGGAAUAAAUGAGCGUGUCCCAUACAAUGCCCCUCUUAUUCAAUUCUCUUCUUGGAUGGGAGGAGAUCGUGAUGGUAACCCUAGGGUAUCCCCUGAAGUUACAAGGGAUGUGUGUUUGCUGGCUAGAAUGAUGGCUGCUAAUUUAUACUUCUCUCAGAUAGAAGAUCUCAUGUUUGAGCUGUCUAUGUGGCACUGCAAUGAUGAGCUUCGUGUUCGUGCUGAUGAACUCCAUGUGUCCUCAAGGAGAGAUGCAAAACAUUACAUUGAAUUUUGGAAGCAGAUUCCUCCAAAUGAGCCAUAUCGUGUUAUUCUUGGUGAUGUGAGGGACAAACUAUACAAUACACGCAAACGUGCUCGCUAGUUAUUAGCCAAUGGAACCUCUGACAUCCCCGAAGAGACAACCUUCACAAAUGUUGAGCAGGUAUUGUCCUCAGAACAGCCCUAUAAACUGCAAUCACCUUAUGGAGCUUUGCUUACACAGUCCCUUUACAGGGCCACUUCUCUUCCUGUUGAUGCAGUAGAUGUCUAG